CGGAGGGAGGUGCUGCGGCCGCCGCCGCCGCCGCUGCGCAGGUGUGUCCUUCUCCUGCUUACCUUCUUUCCGGAUUCACCUGCCUGCCCGCGCUGGAGUUAAAGGAUGCGGCUGCGCUCCGGGGUCUUUGCGUCUUUCUGCCUGUUGGUGCAGGCCUUGGGCGUGGGGCUUUUCAUUAGGGGCUUCUUCCCCGUGCCGGUCAGAUCGCUGCUUCCCAGCGGGACCUUCGGCCAGGUGCCUGCAGAGCCUCCUCGGACAGAAUUGACAUCAGACUGGACCAAGAAGAUCCCACCUAUUUUUAACAAAGUAGUUAUAGUAUUGAUUGAUGCCUUGAGAGAUGACUUUGUUUUUGGUUCAAAAGGUUUAAAAUUCAUGCCCUAUACAACAGAGCUGGUGGAAAAAGGAACAACACAAGUUUUUAUCUCAGAAGCCAAGGCGCCUACCGUCACUAUGCCUCGAAUUAAAGCACUUAUGACUGGUAGCAUCCCAGGUUUCGUUGAUGUAAUCAUGAACCUUAACUCUCCAGCCUUGAUGGAAGACAACUUAAUAUGGCAGGCCAAAAUUGCUGGGAAAAGAAUAAUUUUCUAUGGUGAUGAUACCUGGGUUAAGCUGUUUCCAAAGCAUUUUGUUGAAUAUGAUGGGACAACAUCGUUUUUUGUCUCAGACUACACUGAGGUUGACAACAAUGUUACUAGACAUUUGAAUAAUGUAUUGAGAAGAGAAGACUGGGAUAUGCUCAUUCUUCACUAUUUAGGAUUGGAUCAUAUUGGUCAUCUGAGUGGACCAAACAGUCCUUUGAUAGGACCAAAGCUUUCUGAAAUGGAUAACAUUAUCUCGAAGAUUCAUAAGUCUCUGCUGUCCAAGGAACUGGAGAAAGGAACAUUGCCCAAUUUACUUGUUGUUUGUGGUGACCAUGGCAUGUCGGAAACAGGAAAUCAUGGUGGUUCCUCAGAAAGUGAAAUUCGUACCCCUUUGCUUUUUGUCAGCUCUGCUUUUCAAAGAACAGGUGGUCCCCGAAAAUAUCCAGAACUUAUCCAACAGACUGAUCUGGCUGUCACCUUAGCAUUAGGACUUGGCUUGCCGAUUUCAAGAAACAGCGUUGGGAAGCUUCUGUCCCCUGUAAUAGAGUGGAAGACAGCUAGAGAACAGCUACGGCUGUUGCAUUUGAAUGGUUUCCAACUCAGUAGACUUCUUCAAGAGAAUGUCCCUACGUAUGAGAAAGAUCCUGGAUUUGAAAUGUUUACGAAGGCAGAAAAAGCUCAUGGAAAUUGGAUUCAAUACUAUGUGAACAACAGUAAUACACAAGUUGUCAUAAAUUUGAGCAAAAAAAUCAUAAAACAAUAUUUGGAAGCUCUCAAGAUCCUGAGCUCUUCUUUAAGCAAGCAAGUGGCCCAGUAUGACAUAUAUUCAAUGAUAAUAGGAACCAUGAUUGUUAUGGAGGUGCUGUUCUUACUCUUACUGAGCCUUCCAAAAGCCCUGAGCAGCAGAGCUAAAUUUGAGAUGCCAAACUCAUCUUUCUAUUCUCUGAUGUUCUACUUGAUGUGCCUUUUAUGGAGUGCCAUUCAUGUAGUUGUGUGCACCUCCACGGAAAGCUUAUGCUAUUUUUGCAGAAUUCCCUGGAUUAUGGCAACUGGAAUUAUCAUGCUGACUUCGGGGCUUUUUUGGGUCAUAAUUUCCUUUCUGGAAAUGCGGGUUAUAAAUUCAAGACAACCAUUGAAGAAUCCACCUGCUGCUCCUUCCAGCUGGUCUGAAUUAGAUGUGCUGAUCCUGGCAGGUACCAUUGGCCAUAUUUCAAGUCUGGGUGCCAGCAGCUUUAUUGAAGAAGAACACCAAACCUGGUACUUCCUGAUCAAUACCCUUUGCCUUGCCCUCUGCCAAAAAAUCUGCAGGCACUAUUUCUUGACCAAGGACGGUGAUCUGCAGAUCCCCACCACGGGCAAAGCAAAAGCAGAAGAAAUGAAAGAAACUCCUUCCCACUACAGAAGUGAUAUUGAAAUAACAGAGGAUGAGCUGAAGAUGGGUAGAGGGGACAACCCUGUAAGCGUGAAUACCUUUGAGAAGUGGAUGGCCUUAGCGACUCCGUGGCUCAUCCUUAUCAUUUGUAGAGUGCUUCGUUCACUGAAUCAAACUGGAGUCCAGUGGGCCCAUAGGCCAGAUUUUGGACAUUGGCUGACAAGCUCCGAACAUAAAACUGAACUUUCUCUUCUGGCAUCAGUGUCUCUACUUAUGAUCUUUAUACUUGUUCAUCAAAGUUGUUCUUUGGUUUCGAAAAUAGCAAUGGCACUUGGACUCUUGGGAGUGUACAGUUACCGGGCAGCGAUAGGAAAUGUGGAAUUUCCAUGGCAACGAGACAGAAAAGAUAUUUCAAAGGGCACAAUUGAAGCACGUUUUGUUUACAUCUUUGUUCUGGGCAUCAUCUUCACAGGCACAAAAGAUUUAUUCAAAUCUUUAUUUUUUUCAAUGGAUACUAAGAUCAAGUUUACAGGUUUAUGGGAAAUCUACGGUGGGCUGGUUCUGCUAUCAGCUGUGUUGCUCAGACCUCAUAACUUACCAGUUUUGGUCUUGUGCCUAUUCAUUCAAACCAUGAUGAGAAACUACAUCUGGAAGCCACUGGAGUUUGAUGCAGCUCAAGUUACUAUCAUGCAUUAUUGGUUUGGACAAGCAUUUUUCUUUUUCCAGGGUAAUUCAAACGGCAUUGCUUCUGUGGAUGUUUCAGCUGGCUUUGUUGGACUAACCGACUAUGUAGAAAUUCCUGCCAUUUUUCUUACUGCACUUGCAACAUACUCGGGGCCUCUGCUAUGGGCCAUUCAUUUGCUGUGUUAUUUGAGUUCUGAAAUGGACAGGAAUCCUGCAGCGAUCGGGCAUGGCUGUUUCUGUUAUGCACUGUUGCGCUCCAUCCCAGUUGCGGUAUAUAUUAUUCUGAUCACAGGACUGCGAUACCACCUCUUUAUCUGGAGCGUCUUUUCACCAAAACUCCUCUAUGAGGGAGUCCAUACUUUCAUCACAGCAGCUGUGUGUGCUUUCUUUACAGUGGUGGAUCACCAGCAGCGCAAAUACUGAAGUCACUGGUCAGGCAGAAUUUUACCAUACUUGUUUUCUAACCAGGGACUGAAGUUUUACAACGGAAUGAGAAUUCUUGCUGCUAGACUCCCAAUGAACUCUGGAAAUUAGUCUUUGAGUUUUUUUCCUGUUUUUCUUGGCAAACUCAUUUCAUGUCUUGGCUGUGGGAGUGACAAAACCAUCCUGAAGUGGCACUUGAAUGUAGAUGGCUGGGAAAGUGAGUGACCGGAUUAGCUUAGUUGUAUGAAUGUUGUACAAUCACCUACUUCCCUUUCCAGUGUCAGAUAUAGUGCCUUUCCAAAUUUGGAAUCCUUAUGCUGGGAUUUGAAGCAGGUUGAAUUUCGGAGUAUGCUGGAAUGUAACUAGGUUUAACAACAAUUAAAACCCCUGCUGACCACUUCCAUAUGAAUAAAGGUGUAGUGGUUCUUAGUGUUAAUCCCAAAUAAUUACAGGGUCUGCUUGUUCUUUGCAUUGUUUUGCCUAGUUCCAGUGAAGCUAUCAAUGCAAUAAGAGUUUUUGUUUAUCACUCCAGCUUGUCACAGAGCCUGACCGUGAUCAGGUCUGGGAAAGUUAGGAUUACGUUCAAAAUCAGCCAGCAAGUUUCCAUGUCUAAGCAAGGAUUAAAUCUGGGUCUUUCUGCUCCUAGAGCAACACUUAACUACAGGUAAUCCUCGGUUUACAACAGUUCAUUUAGUGACCGUUCAAAGUUACAACUGAAAGAAGUGACUUAUGACCAUUUUUCACACUUACUACCAUUGCCGCAUCCUCAUGGUCACAUGAUCAAAAUUCAGACUGAACUGACAACAGUGAAUAGGAAACUGACUCAUAUUUAUGAUUGUUACAGUGUCCUCCUUUGCAACCUUCUGACGAGCAAAGUCAGUGGUAAACCAGAUUUCACUUAACAAACGUGUUACUAACUUAACAGCUGCUAUGAUUCACUUAACAACUAUGGCAAGAAAGGUCAUAAAAUGGAGCAAAACUCACUUAACAAAUGUCUCACUUAGCAACAUAAAUUUUGGACUCAAUUGUGGUUGUAGGUUGAGAACUACCUGUACUACACCAUUGCUGACACUUAGUUCAGCAUGGUUAAAUAAAAUAGUAGAAUGGGACAAGACAACAGCCCACUCUUAAUUGGAGUGGAGAUAGGCCUUAGUGUCAUCUAGAUCAACGUAUCUUUGAAUGUUAGAACAAAAAUGUGUCUCUUGUUUUCUGUUCUUUGUAUUGCUGUUGUUUCUGCUGAAAGCACGUCUUUCAAACCUUUAUGAGUUCUCUCUCUCUUUCCUCCCUCCCUCCCUCUCUUUUUUCUCUCUCUCUGUCUCUCCCUCCCUCCCUCCUUGCCUCCCUUUCUUUUUCUCUCUCUCCCUUCCUCUCUCUCUUUCUCUCUCCCUCCCUCCCUCUCUUUCUCUCUCUCACUCCCUGCCUCCCUCCCUCUCUCUCUCUCUCUCUCUCUCUCUCAUAUAUAUGUGUAAUAUACACAUAGCACUUAUAUAAAUGUAGCUUAAAGAAUUGCCUGUAGUUUGCUUUGAUUAUAUUUUUCCUCAAACAGUAGUUCAAGAAUCUGAAAGAGGUCUAACAAGGCCCCACUGCUGUCAUACAGAACAUUGUGUAUGCAAUUUUUUAUGAGCGUUAAUGGAAAGUUUUGAAGCAAAAUGCACCAAUUUCAUUAUUUUUAUAGUUGAAACUUGAAAUGAAAAUGUUGUGUUAUUAUAUAUUAUUACCUUCUUGUCAAAGAAUAUGGGUAGACCUGCAGCUGACGAUUAGCUUUGUGUAAAAUGAGAAUUAUAAUGUCCAGAUUUUUUUAAAAAAAAAAGAGUUAUAUUUAUAUGCAGCUUAUGCAGAGUUACCAUAUAUUACUGUGGUAAUAUCUCCAGAGUAUUCUUGAUAUUAGUAUUUUUUCAUGGUUACAAAUUUAUGCAUAGAUGAAUAUGGUUGAUUUUUGGGAAGAUAAACAGGCUGAAACCUGGUUAGUUUUGGAUGGAGAACUGCUUGAGAAUUCCAGGGCUAUUGGAACAGUGGAAAGUUUAAAUAAGAACAUCCUGGAAAAAGCUAAUGGAAAGACACUUCUGUAAUUUUGCCAAGAAAACUUCAUGGAUAUAAUCACAGGAGUCAAACUUGAUUCAAGGAUGUCUUUUAAGCCUCUCUAAAUGCUAAUUUCUUCAGCUACGCCAGCCAACGUCAUACAAGCUGAUACGAGCUAGUCUUGAAUUUUUUGCUUAACGUUUGAACUGCAGUUUGCUCAGUACCAAUGUCGUGAUCCAGAUUGCGGGGAGUGAAGGGAGACAUCAUAGGGAUAUCCAUCCCGCACUUAAAGUUAAUCUCAGCCCGGAUAAUGCUUGAUUUUAUGUGUAUGUGAGGGAGGAAAGACUAAAUUUAAAUAGCAUACUGAUCGCACUCUCAAAUCAUGUCCAAAUGAGCACACUGUUAAAUUGGGGUUCUUUUAUGUUCAAGAGAAGUGUAUAAGACUUUAAUGCUUGGGAUAUGCUUUGGAAAGUAAAUGCUCGAAACGGUUGUGAUUUACAGGAUCUUUUUAUGCCUUUCUCCAAAGAUAGAAUUAAAAGCUAUACAGAAAGGGCUAACAAUGAUUUUUGAAGCAUCUGUGUAUUUGCAGCUGUAUGUUUCAUUGUUUAAAACUGCUCAGAAAGCAUUUGAUUGUUUACAUGUUAUUGAAAAUGGUUGGAACAGUAAGCGGUGACAAACAAAUAAUGUGUCUCUGGCAAUUACAGUCAUGUUAUUUCCCCCAUUAUAUUUCAAGGGCAUUAUUUUUUUCCAGAAGGAACUUUGUCUUUCCAAAAUACUUUUUAUUCAGGUAUGAUUCUUGAGAGGAGGGAGGUAAGCAUAGAACGCUGAGUCACACAGGGUUACAAUGAGCCUCUGAAGAUGUGAAAUUCUGCUUUUAAGAAUGACAGAAGAGUCGAAAUACAGUGGUGCAGAAACGCAACAAAAUUAUCCAAGGCCAAAGUAGUGCUAAGUCAGAAAAUUUAAGAGGUCACAUCUGAAGCUUUCGGCUAAGCAACUCUUGACUUGUCAACAUAAUUUUACCAAGUGGCAACAGUUGGAAGAGUUUCCAGUUGGAUCAAUAGUUUGAGAUGAUUGCCACUCCUUGUGACAUUCGUUGCAGAUAAUUUGAAUGAAGGGAAGCUAUUUGUUUUGAAUAUUAACAAUAAUCUCCUGCAUUUGAGUUUGUAGAAAUCAGUACUCUUUACACACACACAAAUAUGGCUGGAAUGAGAGUAAUUUUUAUAUUUCUUGGGAAAUAAACACACACAUACAGUUUUGCCUAGGUAGAUAAAAGCUUUGUAUUUAUUUCAGUUAUAUUAAAAAGUAAUCAUAACUGUAUUUCUCUUUGGCCAGGAGAAGAUUUUCCCCUCUAGAGGACAAAUGUUAAGUACUGUAAUAAUCAUGACUGUCAAUGAAAGAAUUGACUGUCUAUUCAUUUUAGGUUUUUUUUCCUUUUUUAAAUUCUAAUUCAGCAACAGACAAUGACCUCCCUUACUAAAUGUGUGUAGUUUGGAGGGAGGGGUUUGUCUUGAUUUUGAUAAGCAUCUAAAGUGACCUAAAAUGAAACUAUGAUUUAAUUAUCCACGUUAGCCUAGAGGUGCAGAAAUGGUUUGUUCUGUUACCUGGUAUGAAGGUUGGAAAAUCAGACAAACCUGCUUUAUCACAAUCUGCAUUAUGUAGAUCAGUGUUCCUCAACCUUUCUGGUUUCGUGGCCUGGCGACUCGGGGUGGGGGAGAGAGAGAAUGGCUCUGCACAAGCAGCAGGUGUCUGCCACUCGCACAAAUGCAGCACCGCACACAAGCGUGUGCACCUGCCACUCACAUAAAGUGGAGCUGCAUGCGCUUGCGUGCUUGCCCGCUGCUUGGGUGGCCUGGUUCUGAAUGGGCCAUGGCCCAGGGGUUGGGGGCCCUGGUGUAGAUGCAUUAUUUUAAUGACUGUGCAAACUCACAUCAAUCCAUGGUUUCAUAUUUUGAUUUACAGUAAGCUUUUAACCAGUAAGAGAUUUUAAUAUAACUGAGCCAUAACUAAGAAACGCAAGCAGUAACAAAGUCUGCAUAUGUUUUUUUAAUUUUUUCAUUCAAAUUCUGCAAGCUUUCUUUGCCUGAACCUUUCCCAGCUGUCUCAUAAUAGAGCCACAGGCAUUGCUGCAUCUCCCCUCCCAAGUCAGCUUGUCACAUUGAACAGUUGAACUCAGUGGUCUUCAGCGUUUUUGCAGUCUGGAACUGGUGUGCCAGAGAAAGGCUUUAAAGUUGCGAGGCGGGGUGUCUUCUGAAAAGAAAGGAGAGAAGAGAACACUGUCCUCUUUAAGUUUAAAGUCAAGUAGGAGAGCAGAAGAAAUAUAGUGGAUGAGAUGCUUCUGGGCCUCUGGCUUGCUGCUGCCACUGUAGCAGGAUUUGGAGAAAAUAAAUUGUGUCAACCUUCCCUUUCUCCUGUCUGUCCUCAGUUGUGAUUGGGGUUGUGGAUGUCUAUGCUCUCAUCAUUGAGAGUGAGCUUUCCUUAGAACUUUAUCUUCCAUCUUGGAAGUUAGAAGGAAGGGGACUGCUACAAAGAUUCCCCCAACUUAGUUUUCUCUAAUUUAUAUUUUCUUUUGCUGGGCAGUUUCUUGGAUAAAUUUGUUCUUUUUAAAUAAAGUUUCUUAUUAAUUAA